AUGAUAUUAAAUUUGUGCGUGUGGCUAUUAUGUAUCGUAUUGUUGUUAAGAAUACAAUUAAGUAAUCAAGUAAGUAUUUCAUGUAAUCUUUCAAUUUUUUUUUAACAUGUUUAGUAGUGUAAUUAGGUAUGUAAGUUUAAUUUAUUAAGGUGAUACAUAAUAUUAUCAUAACUAUGUUUAGUGUCUAUCAAAAUAGGCACCCAGUGCUAGACAAAUUUAUCGAUGAGAGAAAAAAAGGUUCAACCUGUCCGUUGGACCUAAAAAUAUUCAAUUACAGAACUUAAAAAAUGUUCAAUGGAGUCCUUGUAGUCAUAGCGCCCGGUGCGUUGAUACCUGUCGCCCCCCAGGCAUGGUCUUGACUAGGUUUAUUAUUGUAUAGAGAUUUAAUAUUUUCCUACUCUUCUGACUUAACUUUUUAACUUGUGUAACCUAUAAAUAGCAAUAUAUUUGGGUAGUUAUGCAUAUCAAAUUUGUUGGAAAAAUUGUCCGUUUUCGAAUCAGUGUUUGAAAAUGCCUGUUGCUAGUAGGCACGUAUGCAAGGGUGGGAGGAAGGGAUUAAUAGGUACCUACUAGUUUUAUGGUUCAAAAUGUUUAAUUUCUUUACUUAUGACCAUAGUUGAAACUAAACAUUUUCAUUUGACUGGGCCACUAUUCCUAAUUAAUUCAGACAUGUACCUACUUAAAAUAUGGUGAGGAGGGGGAGGGGAAAUUCAUUGAUACUUCUGAUAAUGAUUACGAUUAAAUAAUAAUGAUUAUUAUUUUAAGUACUAAGGAAUAAAUAAAUAUAUUUUGAAUCAUUUACUUAGAUAUUUAAAAAUAUUUUAUUUUGUAAAUGUCUAUUUAAUACAUCGCUUAUACAUUAAUACGGGGUGCGAUUAGUUUGGACCGAGUCCAUGCCAUAAUAAUUCCGCCUAUGUUUAUGACCCUUCUCCGAAACUUUGUUCUGUGUUUACUGUCUAUGUCUGAUUGCUAGUGUACCUAAUGUAGCAGUUUGUAUACUAUAAGUAGAUAGGCAGGUACCUAUUAUAUAAAAUAUUUAAUUUUUAGAGUUUAAAUCCUGUGCUCUAUUACGGAAAUGGCCCGCCAUCAAAUGAUAUUUACUAUUUAAAUUGUGCACCUCAAGUAAUUUGUAAUCCAAAUGAAGUGUAUAGAACAGUUAACGGUUCGUGUAAUAAUCUAGAGCACACAGCAUGGGGUGCGUCAACCACGCCAUUCAUAAGGCUGUUGGAAGCAGCUUAUGCAGACGGUGAGAUUGAAUAAUAAAUGUAAUGAUUAUAAAACACUAUAACAGUAUUAAAAUAUUUUGUAUUUUUAGGUAUCUUAUAUGUAAUCACGUCGAUGAAAAUAGUUAGUUUACAAAUAAUAUAUAUCAACGUAAUAUUUACCAUUGAUUAUAAACUGGGUUGGAAUAUCCAUAUACUUUGCAUUUUUUUUUCUUAUGCUUGAUGUGCAUUGCUCGUAUUGUCAAAAUUUGUUUCAUGCACUUUUGAAUAAGAAUAAGAAAGUUUAUUUUGAAUUUUUUGACAAAUAUUGAUGUUUAAGUCAUUUUAUCUUUAUGAGUUUUUGUUUAAUACAUUAUAUUGCAAAGUGGAUAUAAUUGUUUGAAACCAAAAGAAAUGCCCGAACAUUUAACAGAAAGUUUAUAAGUUAUAAGUUGUACUUUGUAGAUAAUAAAACAAAAAUUGGAGUUUCAUGUAAUUUUUUUUUGGUUUUAAGAUAAAAAUUUGACGACAAUCGUACAAAUUACGGCCUUUCAAAUCAUUUAUAACGAACUUUGCUCAGUAGAACCGUUUUUUGUUAGCAAUGGUUUAUCAUUGCUGAAAAAUAUAAAUUAAAUAAAUUUAUGUAUCCUACCUUCUCAUCUAUACUAGUACAGGUACACACAUCAGGAGUGUCAGCUUUUUUUUUUUAUAUUUGAUUGAUAUGAUUUAAAAUUAGAAUUAUUAUAUUACACUUCAGAAUAGUUGCAGAAGACCUUAUUUAGUAUUAAGGACCCAUGUAUAUUAUUGUGAUAAAUAACUGCAUAGGUACAAUAAAACUAAGUUGUUCUUUUUCUAGCUAAUAAAAUCAAAGAAAUAUAUUAUUAUAUUUUUGCCUACAUGUUUAUAGUUAUAAUUUUAUUUUAUUUUGUACAUUGUUUAAUAUUAAUAUUUACAACUGGACGAAUAUCAUUUAUUAUAGGUAUGUAUAUUAUAAUAUGAUAAACUACAUUAGUUUUAUUUUUCGAUUUCAUAAAGGUGCUUAUGAAUUUCGGCGACAAUUGGACGGUACUAAAUUGCCCGGACCUCGUGAGUUGCAGUUAGCGUUAUUUUUGUAUAGAUCAAGAGACACUCCAGAUAUUUAUAAUAUUCAUGUUAGUCAAUUUGGCCAAUGGAUUACUCAUGAUAUGUCCUUAUUGCUACCUGAUAUUUCAGGUAAAAAAAAUAAUCAAUUAAUUUACUGAUUAAUAAUUAAAACCUUAAUUAUGGAACACUACUUAAUAAAACUGAUUAAACAACAUAUAAUAUACGAAGAGUAGUUAAAACUAUUGGUUUUUAUUUUUUAGUAUCUAAAUUUAGUUUUAAUAAUGUUACGCUUGAUGAAUUUUUAGUUUUAUUUGUUAUUUUUUAAAAUAUUAAUACCCAUUUUUAUAACAGGUAAAUUGUCAUUAAUGAAUUUUGAUGAAAAUUAUUGUAGAUAUUAUAAAAUAUACAAAUAAUAAUACAUGUAUUAUAAUUUAUACUAUACCUAUUUAUAGGUACCCAUCUAAUAUUAUAUUUAAUAUAUUAACACGAUAUACUUAAUGUCAUUUGUUUAAUUGUUGUUACAAUUAAAAUUUAGUCGAUUGGUUACUGUUGCUUAUACUCAUACUCAUAUAUAACAUAUUAUACAUACAGGCAAGGUAGUUAUAAUACAUGGUCAUGGUAGAACAACUUUGUUAUCAUAAAUCGAUUGCUGACAAAUAUAGAAAUAAAAUGGCCGUAAUAUCUUAUAAGGUAGAACCAAUCAGAACGGUUUUUGUAAAUCAACAAGAGUAAUGUCUUAUCGUUGAGUAAACAACGGGAAAAAAGAGCAAUAAUUAUUAUGAUCAUCGAUUAAAGAUUUUAUAAACUCAUAAUUAUUUAUUAUUUAAAAUCAAUGUUUAAAUCACGGUUUUAAAUACAUUAGUUUGAACUAACCAUUAGCUUUAUCCUUCAUCAAUAAAAAAGAGCAAUUGGAUGGUAUACAGUUUUUUAUUUUGUAAAAUAUAUUUAAAUUUUAACUGUAAUAAAAAUAAAAUAUUACAUUGCAGACAAAUUGUAUCAUAUUUUUAUUUAAUACAAUAACACGACACAACUAGUAAUAAUAUGAUAUUUAUUAUAAAACAAUGAACGAUAUAUAAUAUUUAUCAAAAUACAAUUAAUUAAAUAUCUAAUAAUAAUAAUAGAUCCAGUUACUGAGAUUUUAAUUUUCAAUAAAAAAAACCAUACAUUUUAGGAAAUACGAUGUUAUUUUAAGAAUAGUAAUACUAAAUUAAUAAUGACUUACUAAAAUAAUAUUUAAAUUUCCCGUGGUAAAUUCAUCAUAUUUAAUUGGUUCCACCUAAUUGUGACUAUUUUAUUUCUAUACUCGUCAGCAACCGAUUUUUAAUAGAAAAGUUAAUUUACCAUGUAUUAAAGUUUUUCAGUUUUUUCUAAUUUUAAUAAUAUAAGUUUUUCUUGCUUCAAUCAUUCUCCCAUCAUUCUUGCUUAUCAUGAUACUACUCUUUAAGCUUGCGGCUUUGUCUGGAAUGACCAGUUCUCUUAAAAUUGAUAACAAAAAAAAAAAAAAAAUUAUCAGAUCAGAUUGACCAAAAUUUAAACCUAAAAUCUCGAGACCAUUACCAUAACGAUAAUUAUAUUUUAUGUUAACAUUUUUAUGUAUAAUACAUUUUGGUGAAUGUAGGUGAACUUAGGAAAUGACGAUAAAACUAUAAAUUAACUGAACAUAAGACUUUUAUACUUUUGGAAUCAAAAUUAUUAGAUUAUAGGGUUGUAUAGAUAAGUACCUACAAUAAUAACGAUAUUAGGUUAUUAACUUAAUAUUUUUAUGAACGGGAACUCUAAAAUUCUAAUUUUAACAUUAACUGCAGGGAAAAGUUCUACAAAUAUUUAAAUUUUAAUUCAAUAUUUAUAUUUUGAUGAAAAAUAACAUUUUAGCUCUUUCCAGUCCUGUAUAUUUUAGUUCGUGGUACAGGCCGACACACAAACUGAUAUUAAAUUAUUAUUUGGGAUAAUUUACAUUUUUUUUGGUUGGUAUGAGAUAUUAUUUUUAGAAGAACUCUUUUUAGCCCGAAUGACCAAUCCUUUAUUUAUUAUUUAUGCUUACACUAUAAAUUAGAAUUUGUUUAAAAUAAUUUGUAUUGGAAUCAACAUUGAUUAAGAUUUAGAAAUAAUUUGUAUUAACUCCGUAGUAGCAUUUCUUGAUUUUAGAUAUUUUUAGUUUGAAUUGAAACUAUUAAAUAAGAUAGAAAUACAUUUCGUUUAAAUUUUUGUUAAUACAUGUACGUGCAUUCAACAUUAUUAAAAACUAGUUUAUGGAGUCAUUUCUACUAAUGCGUAAUCAGCGUGUUUGGUAUAUCGACUUCUAACGUGCCUUAUUACAUUCAAAACUAGACAAUAUUUUUAUCGUUUUCGGCGAUUGUACAUUAGUGGAAUAUUGAUUCCAUGUGGUGGUGUAAUGAUUUUUGAAAUCACCUAAGUCAUCCGACUUUAAAUUGUUAAAUAAGAUAGCUUACCUAUAACCUGCCAGGAGUAAUUAUUAGCAUUAUUACCAUAAUAUUUUUAUGAAUGCACAAACUGUACUACCUAUUAUUAGCGAAUACGUUAGGUAAUUUGUUUUGAAGACAUGUAAAUAUGUAUAGGUACUACUGUAAUACUGUAUAGGUUAGUACAUCAUUCAUCUUGAAUGUCCUACAAUCAUCCUUUUAAUGUCAAUAACCAAAAGAUCGUCCUACCAUGCUCAAAGUGACAGUUGAUGUAUUGACGUGUUCACAGUAAAAUCGAUAAACAAAACUAAAAAUCCACACAUUUCGAAUUACGAUUUAUUUUUCAAAUAGAACAUAUAUUGGCACAAGUUGAUUUAUUCACAACAUAUUAACUCGUCAAUUGUUCACAAAAUAUGUCAUUAUUAGUGUUUAAGGAAAUUGCUUUUGCAGUUAUACGUUUUACACGUGUAUGAUUAAUAUACCCGAAUAUAUAUACAAUUAUUAUACAUACACAGAUCUAUUUACUUACUAAUGUAAUAAAACAAACAACAUUUGAUUGACUCGUUGAUUAUCUUUCAUGUGCCGUUUUGUGUUUUUACAUAACUACGCGUAAUACUAAAACACGAAAUACGAGCGUGCGUGUAUUUAAUAUUAUUAUUAAUACAUUCUAUAUAUUAAAAUAUAUUUAAUAAAUUGCCACUAACGGACAAAGUUGUUUUUUUAUAUGAAAAUAAUUUUUUAUUUGUAUUUAAUAAUUAGGAAAAACUAAAAUCCAAAAAAGACGAAAAAUACGAUUUUUUUUUUUUUGAAAUUAUGGCGCAACGUUUUCAUUAUUUUAGAUUUUUAAGCUUUCUGUUUUUCAUUAUGCUCAAAUAGAAAAACAAUGCAAUUUUUCUUAUUGAAUUUCUUGUUGUUUUCAAUCUAGUUGAUGGCCAAGAAGGUAAAUUUUCGAUUUUCCCAGUAGUUUUCUCAACACUUAUGAAAAACGUUGUUUACAGAAAAAAAAAGCCGUAAUAUUUUACUAUAGGUACAUUCGUAUAUUCUCCUGUUUUUUCGGUUUUUCCCAUUUAUUGAGAAAAAAAUUCUGGGAAAAUCAAAAAAUGACCUUCCUUAAAGUACCACCUCAAGAAAAUUUUAUUUCAGAAAAGGAUCUAUGUAGUUUGCUUUCUGGUAAAAAAAGAGAGAGUACAUAUAUAUAAAAAAAAAAUAAUAGUAAAAAAAAUAAACAUCUUUGUAAAAUUAAUACAUUCUUUGCUACACUUAGAAUCUAAAAUCAUAAUAAUAAUUAUAAUGAGCACUUUAAAUAUCAUAAUCAGCAAUAAUAAUAAUCAAAUCAGCAUCAUAUUAAUCAUCAUUCGUCAAUACUUUUAAUAAUAUUAAUCAACAAUAAUAAUAAUCGGUAUGCUUAUAAAAACCAUCAAUAAUAAUGAUGAUAAUCAAUAAAUAUCAUAAUCAGUAUUUUAAUAAAAUAACCUACAAUAUUUAUAAUCAAUAUAUGGUUUAAUAAGAGUAUUUGUUGAUAAUUAUUAUUGAUGGUUGUUAAAAGUAUGCUGAUUAUUAUUAUUGUUGAUUAAUAUUAUUAUGAAUAUUGAUAAUUAUUAUGAUUCUGAUUUGAUUAUUAUUAUUAAAAUGCUCAUUAUUAUUUAAGUGAACAUUAUAUUUAUUGGUACUUAUUAUGCUUCUUAUUAAAAUGCUGAUACUGAUUAUGACUUUUAAAGUGCUCAUUAUUAUUAUUAUUAUCAUCAUCAUUAAUCAUUAUUUUAGAUUUUGAGUGAAGUGCGUGGCUUUUUUUAUCAUAAUCUUGCUCCGAUUUUUAAGUGUCACUCCACUCAGAAUCUACUUUUCGUGAGCAAUGUUUUGUCGUUGCUUACAGAUAUACAUUAAAUUCUCUUCUAUAUCCUAUUUUCCCAACUUCCCACCCAAAACAGUGGCUGCACCUACGUGCGAAGUAUGUCCGGGUUUUUUUUAAUGAUAUUAAAAAAAAUAUAUAAUUGUUAAUGUAAAUAAUAAAAUGUCUAUACUAAAUAGUUUUAAAAUUUACUUUUCAAUUUGAUUUUAAAAUGUUUGCAAACAAUAUUAUAGUACAUUUAAUAUUUGUAAAUAAUUUGAAUAGGACCAAAAAGCUGUUGUGACAUUUCUAAUGACGGUAAUACCCCAUUUCAAUGUCAAGCACUUAUUAGUAUACCAAUUGAUGAUCCAGUGUAUAGUGAGUCGAGCACAACAUGUAUGGAAUUUAGACGUGCAAAAACGGCUACUCGUUAUUUUAAUUGUACUAUUACUCCCCAAAUUCCAGUUAGUAUACAUUAUUAAUUUUAAUAUUUACAAUAUAAAUAGGUAAAUUAAAUAAUUUUGCCUCCGGUUAGUAUUUGAUCAUUUAUAAAUUACUAUCCAGGUACAUGUUUUCUAGGACUUAUGAUUUGUUCACAAUAUAAACUUCCCUUAUCAAUUUGUCACUAUUUAAAUAAAUUCGCUAUUUGCUUAGAUGAAUUUGGCGACAUCCUUUAUUGACUCAUCUCAAUUAUAUGGACCCGAACCAGAUAAGGCAGCAGAACUUCGAACUUUCGAGAAUGGAAGAUUAAAAACCGAACGAAUAAAUGAACAUGAUUAUUGCCCUCUACAAAAUAGAAAUAAAUGGCCAUCAUGUGAUGCACGCGAUAUAUGGGAUAUAUGUUUUGAUGCAGGUACUUAAAUAUUAGCAUUAUUAAAAAAAUAUGAUUUUAUGAAAAACAUUUGAUUAGCUAAAAUAAGUUUAAAUUUGAUUCAUAAUCAACAUAUUAGAAAAUGUUGGUUCAAACAUAUAAAUAAUUGCAUGCUUAUCGAAUAUAAUAAAAUAAAAAACAAAAAUAUGGUUUUCAUUUUUAUUUUUAGGAGAUCCUAGAAUGAAUCAGAACACUGGGCUCAUAAUUUAUCAGACGAGUUUUACUAGAUUUCAUAAUUAUUUGACUCAAAAAUUACAAAGAUUAAAUCCAGAAUGGGAAGAUGAGGUGUUAUACCAAGAAGCCCGACGGAUCGUUGUCGCUAUAAAUCAGAUUUUAGUUUACCAAGAAUAUUUGCCAAUUAUACUUGGUAUUUAUUUUUUUUUUUUAAAUCUUUCUAACUAAAAUAUAAUCAUAUUGUAAAGGAAUUGAGACUCAUUUCAUCCAGAAUGAAUUAAUCGUAUUAAUUGCACGUCUGCUUACUUAUAAUAAAGGCAGAUAUUUUUAUGAUUUUAUUAAUUUUAAUUGUUCGGUAAAAAAAAUAAACCGCAAAUUCGAUUUUUAGUUUGGUAGAGCUAAAUCUAACUGCCCCAUCAAGUUGUCCGAUCGACUUCUAACCUAUGCAAAUAUUUCGCAAAUUAAUUACAAAUAAUUGCAAAUUGGUUUUUGGAAAUNGCCAAAUCCUUCCAGUUUGCUCCGCCUCCUAAGACUUCUAUAUCUCUCUUAACUAAAUCUUCCCAUCUCAAUUUUGGUCUUCCCAAAGGCCUUUUUCCUACUGGAUUCUGUUCUAAAACCAUUCUUAGUAAAGAGUUCUGGCUUCGCAUUGCAUGUCCUACCCACCGCAACCUUUUUUUCUUGAUCGUCUCUAUGUCUCGCUAUGUUAUUUUCAUUAAAAAUUUCUUGUAGCUCUAUAUUUUUCCUUCUUCUCCACUCUCCUGUGAUGCUAUCUUUUAUUGGACCGAAGAUCUUUCGUAAUAUUUUUCUUUCUAGUAUUAAAAACUUAUUCUCAUCUGAUUUCUUUAGUGCCCAGGUUUCCGAUCCGUACAAUAUCACUGGCCGUAUUAGACUAGUAUACAAACGUCUCUUUAUCUCUCUUGAUAAUGAUUUAGAACUUAAUAGUUUCUCCAAACCAUAAUAAGUCCUGUUUCCCGCUUGGAUUCUCGCGGCUACUUCCUUGGUGAUAUNAAAAUGAUCUACCUCUAAAACGUGAUCCAUCCAAUUUUGUCUACCUAUAAUCAUAUAUUCAGUUUUUUGUUCAUUAAAUUGUUGUUUGUAUGAUUAUUUUUUAAAUUUAAUUUUAUGUAUCAAGUUUGAUAAUAUAUAUUUUAAAUUUCAAUCAUUUUAAUAUUACUUUUACAGAGAUACCUUUUAAUCAUUUAUAAAUAACUAAAUAUUAUAUAUUACAUUUCAAUAAAAUAUAAGAAGCUAUUCGAAAUCAUUAUACAUAGUUGAAUAUAUCAAGGACUGUUUUAUUAUAUUUUAACUUGAUCCAAUUGGUCCAACUGGUCUAAAUCACACACGUAUAUUGAUAUUUUCAGUUUAAACACAAUUUAAUAAUCAAUAUUUUGAUGUAUUGUACUUUUCCUAUUAUUGAACAGAAAAUAAUGUAUAUGCACCAAGUAAAAAAAAAAAAAAAACGAUUUGUAAUAAAUAAUAGGCAAUUAAAAGUAAUCUGUACAAUUUAUAUUAAGUAAAGGUAUAAACUUUUAACUAAAAAUAAGUAUAGUAUUUAUUAUAUCUCACUGUAUAAUUUGUGUAUAAUAUGCUUGAACUAGGAGGACGAAGCUCCUCUAAUAUAUAUAUUUUUUUUAAUGUUCCUUUAAUAAUUAUUUUGAUUGGGACUGGGGAGACGUACCGUGAAUAAUUCUGGCUACGCCAUUAUUUAGUAAUAUUCCUGUUAUAACUAACCCAUAGAUUAGGCACAUUAGCAUAUUCUCUAAUAUCGGUGGUUUUAUGUUUACGGCUAGUUGUCACCGCGAGUUUAUAUAAGAGCAUAAUUGUGGAAACUAAAAAUCGAAUUUGUGGCUAUUUGUGCGAUUUGUAAAUUGUAAAAACCAAUUUCUAAAAUAUUGACGUAGGUUUGAAGUCAAUCUGAAAACUUGGUGGGGCUAACUUCAAGGUCGUAUUUCAGUGUGGUCAAACAAUUGCAUCCACUAAGUACCUACCAAAUAAUAACUUCGUGAAAAUCUCAUAAAUAUAAAAUAUUUAUAAAUAGCACAAAAAUUGCCAAUAUGUUUUAAAAAUCAGAUAAUGUUUAGAAAACUGAAAUUCUGUCAAAAUUACAAGUCUCUACAAAUAUUUUGAACAGAAUUACAACAAAAGUACAAAAGAGACUGCUGCAUUUUCAACCAAUUCAAACAUUCAUAGCAUCACACCCCCUAAAUCUAUCCUCACUUAACUAUUUUAUUAUCAAUAUGAGAUGCUAGGCUACCUGCAAACACAAAUAGUACAUAUUUUUGCACAUUUGUGUGAACUGCACGUCAUCUGUUUUUAUUAGUAUAUAUUAAUUAAAUGCAAUCGUCAUUUACUUAUUUUAAAUGCUAUAUUCCUUAUAUGUGCAGGCAAAAAAUAUACAGAACGUUUUGGAUUAUCUCUUAACGAAUUUAAACCAACGCAAUACGACUCUUCAAUUAUGCCUCAAGUAACAAUAGAAUUUAGUGCCGGUGCUUUUCGUGUGCCACAUAAUACUUUUGCUUCAAAAUACAAGUAAAAUUUUUUUUUUAUUUGUUUUAUUUCAUUUAUUUUGUUUGCAUUCCUAAAAUAGUUUGGUAGAUGAAAAUUAUAAAACUACAAGUUCAAUUAAACUUCACGAAUGGAUAUCAAAUCCUGAUAUUUUAGUAGAGAGGUCAAAUUUUGAUGAUAUACUGAGGGGAAUGGCGCAAACACCAGGCCGUGCACCGAGUCCAUCAUAUAAUUUCCCGGUAUUGUGUUCUUUAACUUUACUUAUGUCAAAUAAUAUUAUAUUAUUAUAAAUCUAAUAUUAUUUGAUUAUAUUUCAGAUAUCGAAUUUCAUGCGUUUUUUAAUUCCUGGUAAUCAAGAUUUGCUUAGUUGGGACAUUCAAAGAGGGCGUGAUUGCGGUGUACCUUCAUAUAAUCAUAUUCGAGAAUUGUGUGGUUUCAAACGAGCCAGAUCAUUUGAUGAUUUAGCUGAUUCCAUUUAUAUUAAUGUAAGUUUUAUUAUUGUUUUAAUAACUUAAAUAAAUAACUAAAUAAAUUAGAUACAAAUAAUUUCAUAUUAAAAUCAUUAUUUUAAAAAUAAUAUAUAUUUUUUAAAUGCAUUAAUUGUAGUAACAUAAAAUAACAAAUUAUUACUAUUGACCUAAUAGUAUUCAUUUAAAUUUGUAAUAUAUUUAAAUUUAUUGUGAAUCAAAUAAGGAUCUUAUGAAACUAAAAAAAUUAUACGCAAGCGUUGAUGACGUGGAUUUAAUUGUGGGUGCUUUACUUGAACCACCAUGUUUUGGUGCUCAAGUUGGCCCAACUGCAAGAUGUAUCAUAACCGAUGUAUUUUACCGAAUUCGAUAUGCUGAUCGUUUCUUUUUCGAUGUGGAAAAUCAACCCGGAAGUUUUUCUAAUGGUAAGCACUUAUUUUGUAAUAAUUUUGUUGCGUAUGACAUAAUUUCUCUUGGUCAUAAUAUAUAUGUCUAUUAUUAGAACAAUUAAAAGCUUUAAGAAAUAUUGAUUUGGGUCAUGUAUUUUGUGCUGGAUCUGAAAUAUAUGAAGUACCGAAGAAAAUCUUUAAACUAUCAUCAAAUCGGUAAAUAUUUAUUGGUUUUAAAUUUUAAUAUGAUUAAAAGACUUAAUAUUAUUGUUAUUUUAAAGACGUUCAAAUAUGCGAAAUUGCGAAGAACAUUUAUUAAAAUUGGAUCUUAGUGCUUGGAAAACAAAUUUCUCCUAUUUCAAUGGAAACUAA